UAACUACACAGCUUCAACCCUAAGCGGCAGCGCCCCCGUUGUCUCUCACUCUAUCUCUCUUUACUCUUUCUCUUGCCGCUUUCUCCUCAUCUCCGGUAUCUUUCUCUCAAUAGCCGCCGCCGCUACUUCCACUACGCGCCGCCUGCCUCGCCGCUGCCCAGCCUCCUCUCACGUUGCACCACCGCUCCUUCCGGCCUGCUUCGCCGACGUUAUUUUGGUUGAUUAUUCGAUAAAGGAUUUGUUGUUUGUCAAUAAGAAAAACAUGAAUACUUCCUGCAAACCAAACACAGAGCUCUCCCGCUGUAUCUGGAAUUCCACUAGACCUAUUGGUAAAGCUGAUUUAGCAAGAGGGCUCUUGCCUUUUCCUUCCAAGAAUGAAAUAAGAAUAAGAAGAGGAACUAGGAAAGUAAGAGCUGUGGUUUCUAUGUCGAGAACCGAGGCCGCAGAGAAGAGUGAUGGCCUCACGUACAAGGAUGCCGGUGUUGACAUCGAUGCUGGCUCCGAGCUUGUUAAGAGGAUAGCCAAGAUGGCUCCGGGAAUCGGAGGUUUUGGGGGGCUCUUUCCAUUAGGGGAUUCCUAUUUGGUUGCUGGCACGGAUGGAGUGGGAACAAAACUUAAGCUUGCUUUCGAGACUGGAAUCCAUGAUACUAUCGGCAUUGAUUUGGUUGCGAUGAGUGUUAAUGACAUUAUCACAUCAGGAGCUAAGCCUUUGUUUUUCCUUGAUUACUUCGCCACAAGCCGUCUGGAUGUUGACCUUGCGGAGAAGGUCAUCAAAGGCAUUGUAGAUGGUUGCCAACAAUCUGAUUGUGCCCUUCUUGGGGGAGAGACUGCAGAGAUGCCUGAUUUUUAUGCUGAUGGUGAGUAUGAUCUGAGCGGCUUUGCUGUUGGCAUCGUAAAGAAGGACUCUGUUAUUGAUGGAAAAAACAUCGAGGUUGGUGAUGUUCUCAUUGGUCUUCCAUCCAGUGGAGUGCACUCAAAUGGCUUCUCUCUUGUCAGAAGGGUUUUAGAAAGAAGUGGCCUUGCUUUGAAAGACAAUCUUCCUGGCUCGUCUCUUAGUCUGGGCGAAGCUCUGAUGGCCCCGACUGUUAUAUACGUAAAGCAGGUUCUAGACAUCAUUAGCAGAGGUGGCGUCAAAGGGAUUGCCCACAUCACGGGUGGUGGUUUUACUGACAACAUACCCCGUGUUUUCCCAAAGGGCCUUGGUGCUCUCAUAUACGAGAACUCGUGGGAUGUUCCUCCUGUUUUCAAGUGGAUUCAAGAGGCUGGAAGAAUAGAGGACGCGGAGAUGAGCCGGACUUUUAACAUGGGGAUCGGGAUGGUGCUCGUGAUGAAGGAGGAGGCGGCUCUCGCAUUACUUCAAGACGAUCAUGGCAAGAACUCGGUGUAUCGGAUCGGUGAGGUUGUUAGCGGGGAUGGUGUGAGCUACCGAUAGUCUUAUGUUUCGGACGCAAUCAUGCCGUGCUUUGCCACAUCUUUAAGAAGUAUUCUAAGGAAAUUUUGUUAAAAUUGAAAUGUUGUUGUUAAUCGGUGUGGGGCUAUGAGCUUGUUGCUGACCCUUGCUCGCCUUGCUUGGGCUCGAGCUUUUAUUUUUAUUAAAAAAGAAUCGAAAUAUCGUGUUUAACCACAACUCAUGCUAAUUGUUCAGAGAGUUUAUUAACUA